UUUUGAAAUACGGAACUGGUGAGAGAGGAAAAGACAUUUUUCAGUUUGAAACACAAAGAGAAUUGUAUUAAAUGCUGUGUGGAAAGGCUACAAGCAAACUGCUUUGGUUUUCUAUGGCCAGACUUAGAUGUGCAACUUGAUAAGCUGAAAUAUUCCUUUGAAAUGUAAAUUAUCUCAACCAAAGAAUGAGGACUUUACAAGGGCUGGGCACAGUCAAAACACUGUACAUUUUGUCUUAGGUUGAAAGGUGAAUACUUUUCUGCCUUCCCCUUGUGCUUUUGGAUCAAGUUUCAGUGAAGAAGAUGCCUCACUUAUUGUGCCAAAUCUCCAGAGUCUCCACAUCGCUGCCUGGUUUUCUCACAUUCUUCAUUACUUUUCAUAUUUGCAAGGUGGAAUCAGCCCUGUUUACAGUUGUUGGACCUGAUCAGCCAAUCACUGCCCUUGUGGGGGAAGAGAUCGUAUUGCCAUGCCACCUGUCCCCCAACAUGAGCGUUGAGAACAUGGAAGUGAGGUGGUUCCGGUCUGAGUUUAGAAAUUAUGUUCAUCUGUACCGUGAUGGGAGAGAUGAUUUUGGAGGACAGAUGCCAGAAUACAAGAGAAGGACAGCGUUUUGGAAAGAUGGCCUCACACAUGGAAAUGUUUCCUUGAGGAUUGUCAAUAUCAGGCCUUCAGAUGAAGGGCACUACCACUGCCUUGUUGCUGAUGGUAUUAAUGAUGAAGAAGCUGUAAUAGAACUGGAGGUAGCAGCUUUAGGCUCUAAUCCUAUCAUCUCUGUGGAGGAUUACCAGAAGGGUGGGAUCCGCAUGAUAUGUCGAUCAGCUGAGUGGUACCCAGAGCCCCAGGUGCUGUGGAGAAAUGCCCAGGGAUAUCAUAUAGCAUCGCUUUCUGAAAUCAAAUCCCCAAGGGCAAAUGGCCUGUUUGAAACAGAAAUUUCUGCUGUCAUAAAUGGAGAUUCAAACCCGAACUUGUCCUGUUGGAUCAGGAACAGCCUCCUCGACCGAGAGAAAGAAUCAGCAAUUCAUAUAUCAGCUCUCUUUUUUCCCAGUGUGAAUCCCUGGAUGGUGGCGCUGAUCAUGAUCCUGGUGGCUUUGUUAAGUUUCAUAAUCCUGAAUGUAUAUCUCUUCAGAAUAAAAGGAAACCUUCAACGAGAACUCGGGUGGAAAAGAGCUGUGAUCUGUCCAGGACUGGGACAAAAUGCACCACCUUUGGGAAAAGAGGACGUGACUCUGGAUCCAGACACGGCUCAUCGAUACCUCGUCCUGUCUGAGGAUGGGAAGAGUGUGAGAUGGACACACAAAUGGCAGCGCCUGCUCAACAAUCCUGAGAGAUUUCACAGUUGGCGCUGUGUGCUGGGCCGUGAGGGAUUCACCUCCGGGAGACACUGGUGGGAGGUGGAGGUCGGGAAGGGGAUGUAUUGGGCCGUGGGGGUGGUCAGAGAGUCUGUGAGGAGGAAGGGAGGAAUCAGCUUUAGUCCUGAGGAGGGGGUCUGUGCUGUGCUGCGCUAUUGGGGUGAGUACGAGGCUCUCACUGCCCAUCGUCGCACCUGCCUGCCCCUGGACCGGGUGCCCAGCAGGGUGGGGGUGUAUCUGGACUGCACAUUGGGGCAAGUGUCGUUUCUUGAUGCUGUCACCGGGGCCCCGAUCUUCACCUGCCUGCCAGCCUCCUUCGUGGGGGACAGGAUCCGGCCCUGUUUCUGGGUGCAGUUUGGUGAAAUCAAUCUGAGACAUCACCAGUGAGAGGGAAAGGAAGCGUGCAAGACGGGACGUGCUCGUUGUCCCCUCCGGCCUCAGUCGUGCUCGUGUCUGUGGCCCUGGAGGACUCCUCUCGCUGCAGACGACCAGCUGUGCCGUGUCCGUGGCCCUGGACGCGCAGGCUGGGUUUCUUCAUCCCCCGACCACGGCGAGCAGGACGUGGCCGAGCUGGACGGUCGUCUCUGCCCGGGUGUCGUUUCCUGCAUGACCGAGGGGCCCUCGGGGGCCUGUGGGGUCCGGCACCCAU